UUGCAAUUAGUCGUCAUAAAAUAAAAUUUAGUUUGAAAAUAAAAAUAAAUAAAUAACGUACGGUGCCGCAAACAAUUGCAAAUAAUACUUCUACGAUGGGAUUGGCAUUUUAACACAUGGGCGCGUGCCGAGAAUUACCAACGGGUCCGCUUUUUAGGGGUCGCGACGACCCAGGUGACGUAAACACACCAACGUCACUUCCCUCUUCGGCGCUCGGACCACCCUUUUUCGAAGGACCAACCGGAUCGGGGCAUCGAUUAAAAGUGCCAUUAGCCAACGUCAUUAGAGAAGGGCGCGCACGCGAGCGUGUCCUUCUGAAAGAUAUUAAAGGAAAGAAUUGAUUUUUCGGCCGUGGCUUUUGGCAUUUUAAUUGCGGAAGAGUCCCGAACCGGAAGCCGAAGGUCGAGCCGCCGGAAGCGGCGGCCGGGGAAGAAGAUUUACGAGGGAGGAGGGGCAAGGGAGGGACGAGCCUCCCGCCGCCGAGCGGGGAGAAGAAAGAGGGCGCGUGACGGAUGCGGAAGCGGCACACGCCCGCACGCGGCGCGCGCGAGAUGUUGAUUAAUCGACUGGUAGGCAUUGCUAGCGUAGAGAAUAAAUAUCGACCGAACGGCGCCGUCUCCGUUGGCCGUAUAUGCCCCGGUCGAGUGCAAUGGAGUGUAGACAAUACUGUAGACGAUGACGACAAAUAUGGUGUACGAAUGUCUGUCGCUAGUCCCGAUCGUGCUAAAUUGCCCUGGAUGGACCCCAAGCGCCCCACGACCGAAGAAUGCGAGCACAGCUUCAUCGACGACGUUCCGCUGCCUCUUCCUCUGCCAGACGAAUGCUGCGACGACGACACGUAUGAACAGGUCGUGCUACCGGAAUGUCGGAUUUGGGUCUCGAGUCACCGCUCUCUCACCAAACUAACCACCGUGGUCUUGUUCUUUAUCGCUCUUUUCGUCAUCGGAUUUAUCGUUCUCUCCCCUCUUUUACAUUCCUAUCUGUGACCUCCGCCGACACGUACCAUAUCACAGCUCCGUCGGAUCACGUGACCUCCUCAGAUGGGGGCGGUGGCAACGACGAGAUGCCCGCGGCCAAUCAGAAUCCCAUCAUUCUUCCCAGUAGCGACGAGCGAAUCACGUUAAUUGUAGACAAUACGCAUUUCAUAGUAGAUCCCGCUCUGUUCGCAGCUCAUCCCGACACCAUGUUGGGGAGGAUGUUCGGCUCCUCUCUAGAAAACAAUUUCACACGUCCAAACGACAGAGGAGAAUACGAAGUGGCGGAAGGAAUAUCCGCCACUGUCUUCAGAGCCAUAUUGGAGUACUACAAAACGGGAGUGGUCAGGUGUCCGCCGAGCGUGUCGGUUCCCGAACUGAGAGAGGCCUGCGAUUACCUUUUGGUCCCUUUCGACGCCCAGACCGUCAAGUGCCACAACCUGAGAGGACUGCUGCACGAGCUGUCUAACGAAGGAGCGCGAAGGCAGUUCGAAAAGUUUCUCGAGGAGCUGCUGCUACCCGUCAUGGUCACUUCGGCACAGAAGGGGGACCGCGAGUGCCACAUCGUGGUCUUGCUGGACGACGAUGUGGUUGACUGGGACGAAAAGUACCCUCCCCAGAUGGGCGAAGAGCAGUCUCAAAUUAUCUACAAUUCGGCCAUGUACCGUUUCUUCAAAUACAUCGAAAACCGCGACGUGGCCAAGCAGGUGCUCAAGGAGAGAGGACUCAAGAAGAUCCGACUGGGAAUCGAAGGUUACCCCACCUACAAGGAGAAGGUGAAGAGGAGGCCGGGAGGCCGGGCCGAGGUCAUCUACAACUACGUGCAGAGACCCUUUCUGCGCAUGUCGUGGGAGAAGGAGGAAGCCAAGAGUCGUCACGUGGACUUCCAGUGCGUCAAGAGCAAGUCCAUCACCAAUCUGGUGGUGGCGGCGGCCGAUGGGGCCCUGGAGCCGGCCGUGCCGCCGGCCAACGGGGCGGUGGGAGGAGCGGCCGAGGAGGAGGGGGCGGUGGGCCCGGUGCUGCCGCCGCACCCCUCGCCCAAAGAGCCUUAUCCGGAAGUUCGGCUGCCGCCGGAAGAUCUUCCCUGAACUUUCCGACCGGCGGCGCGACGCCCGCACUCGCCCUCAGCGGUGGCGACGCCGCCGCCGGCGCCCUCUUUUCGAUGUUUUUCCAAAUACUACUAAUUAAAAAAACUACUAAUUCGACUAACGUCGCCCGACGGAUAGUCGCGGUUAGCAAUGUCAUCCGCAUCCCCCGUAGCCAGAGUAGCAACUCGUGUCGUAGAGGUUACUAACACCCCAGUCUCUCCCCCUUUAGUGUCUGCGGGCGGAAGGCGCUCGGUGCGUCGCCGACUUUUUUCUAUCCGUGUAUACGUGCGUGCGUGUGUCUGUCCGUAUCGCCGUUCCGGUUUUUUUAUAUUAACUCUCCGAGGUCGAUUCUUUGUGAUAUAAAAAAACAACAACAAAAGUUUCGGUGGCCGCUUCCGUUCCCUUCGACGUCGGGCGGCGCGGUCCCAGUGGAAGUCGACCUCCCCUCCGGUCGGGGGAGGGAGGAACUUUUCUACCGGCUCCCGUCGACCAUUUCGAGAAACAAAGGAAAACAAACAAACAAACAAUUUUACACUCGUUCGAACAGAGGAGAAGACGUCUUUUGUUUUUUUUCUCUCGUUCCGGUGUUUUUUCCGUUUCUUGUCGCGGGUUGCGUGUCGCCACUUUCUAUGUAAAUACUUCUCUCGAACGGUGGCCCUUUGUUUUACAUCGUUUUGUUAUCGAGGGAUAUGUCAAAGACGAAAUAAAAAACCUCCACCAACGAAA